UACUGCAACAGAAAUUUCUUUUUCAAGACCACUGACCCAGGAAAAUGUAACCCUCUAGUUAUCCAACGCCCUUUAAUUAGAGAUGUCUCCAGAGAUAAUCUCACUCAUGGCCCCUAUUGUGAAUCAUUUAUUUUCCAACUUUCCUUUUUAUCAGCUGUCUGUCAUCUUUACGCUUUUCGGUCCCAGCCCGGCGGAGCACCGCGGGCUUGUGGAACGCAGUUUAUCCGUUAACUGGUUCUCCCCAUCGCAUUUCGUGGCUCGUGACAUUUGGGGUUUCGCUCGUGAGCGCUGGCUGCUGGCCCCAGGAUAAUUUUCAGGAAUCGCAGUUUUCCACUUGGUGAACGGGACCGUGGCGCCAAGCCCGGGGGUGGGAAAGGACUGGGAAACCCGCACCUUACACCCGCCGAGGCGAGGCAAAGGGCAUGCAACCCUCUCGCCUUGGGGACACUUGACGGGGUUUUGUUUUUGUUUUUAGUCUCGGGAGCACUUAUCUAUUCUUGUGAUGUUUGGCAGGGCUGACUCAUGACUGUUGGACGCUUGCGGUCGGCAAUAUAAGUAGGAUGAGGUUUCUCCGGGGGCGGAGCACAGUAAAUAUCACCAGGAUCAACACCGAGGCUCACGCCGGCAGCGAGGGGUGACCGGAGCGAUGAGGCAAGAGAGAAGUUUUUAAAAACAGAAAAAUGUGAUUGCGUAAACAUCAUUGUUGGCAGGAGGACUUGGUGGAUUCAGAUAUAACUGUAGGUGCUGCUUGUAUGAAAGAGCUGAGCCACACCAUCCAAUAAACAGUCUAGAGCAGCAACUGGCUUUCUUGGAAAUCACUUGCAGGACUGUGUUGUACGUUGCUAGCAACUGAGUUGACAGAACAUUGCCCUACAAAGCGUUGGAGGGCCACUUCUUAAUGGAUUGCUGCAACCUCUUAAUUUCUCCAUUGAUCCUGUUCCCUGCAUCGUGAGAACAUUUUAGCCAGCACAGAACCUAGAAGAGUUACAUGGUGUGAACGGCAUGUCUGUGGAUGAGAAGACUGACUCCCCCAUGUAUGUGUAUGAGUCAACGGUGCACUGUACCAAUAUUCUCCUCUGCUUAAAUGACCAGCGGAAGCAGGACAUUCUCUGUGACGUGACGCUGAUCGUGGAGGGGAAGGAGUUCCGCGCCCACCGGGCUGUGCUGGCUGCCUGCAGCGAGUACUUCUUGCAGGCCUUGGUAGGGCAGACGGAAAAUGACCUGGUGGUCAGCCUGCCGGAGGAGGUCACUGUCAGGGGAUUUGGUCCGUUGUUACAGUUUGCCUACACUGCUAAGCUGUUACUCAGCAGAGAAAACAUCCAGGAGGUCAUCCACUGCGCUGAAUUCCUGCGCAUGCACAACCUGGAGGACUCCUGCUUCAGCUUCCUUCAGACGCAACUGCUGAACAAUGAAGAUGGCCUAUUCCUGUGCAAAAAAGAUACCACCUGUCAGCGCAUGCACGAUGAGGAGAACUCGGAUGGAGAUGAGGAGGAGACGAUGGAAUCAGAGACGUCAAAAAUAUCUUGCCCAAGAGAGAGGAUGCACCAAGAGCCCUUCAAUUUUGAAACCACUGUUGCUGGAGCAGACAAAGGUGAAGGGAUGCUGCCUGACUCUGACAUCCUGAGAGACAGCAAGGACAAUUUGGACAAAGAUGCAGUAACACGGUACCCCAGAUACAAGAAAUACCAGCUUGCUUGUACCAAGAAUGUCUACAACACAUCACACAUCAGUACCUCAGGUUUUGCAAGCACAUUCAGCGAAGAGAGCUCUGGAAACGGCCUCAAAUCAGGACUUGCAAUGGGACAGAUAAAAAGCGAGCCUCAGAAUGAAGAGAACGAUGAAGAAAGCAUCACACUUUGCCUGUCUGGAGAUGAACCUGACAUCAGGGAUAAAGAAGGGGAUGUUGAAAUGGACAGAAAACAGCCAAGCCCCACUUGCAUUGACAGGCCAAAAAGUGGGUCCUCUCCUUCUUGUUUGCGGUCUUUCUUCAACAGAACAAAAAGCAUAGAUUUGGUUGGCUUCCCCAGCACUUCCCAGCAGCACUUUGGCAGGAGUCCAGCAUGCCCUUUUGAAAAAGGGACAACUCAGGGUGACCACAAAACUGAUUACGUCCCUUUCACAGGGAACUACGGACAGUCCCAUGCCAUGCAGAAGGAUGCUACCAACUUCACAGUGGGAUCACCACUCAGGGGGCCCGGCUUUGAAACUCUCUGUAAGCAAGAAGGAGAACUGGACAGGAGGAGUGUUAUAUUCUCUUCAAACGCUUGUGACCAAGUAAACACUUCGGUGCAUUCAUAUUCUGGUGUGAGCAGCUUGGACAAAGACCUCACUGAGACUGUGCCAAAGGGUCUGUGGGCUGGCGGUAGCCAGUCUCUCCCCAGCUCUCAGACCUAUUCGCACAGCGGGCUGACAGCUGAUCACUUGCCGGGAAGGAUGCGGCCGAACACCAGCUGUCCAGUGCCAAUUAAAGUUUGCCCUCGCUCUCCUCCUUUGGAAACCAGAACCAGGACCUCCAGCUCGUGCUCUUCCUACUCGUACGCAGAGGACGGCAGCGGCGGCUCUCCCUGCAGUCUGCGUCUUUGUGAGCUCUCCUCUUCCCCUUGCUCCCAAGGCCCCCGAUUCCUGGCGCCUGAGCACCAGGAGCCCGGUGUAGUGGGGGAUGGAUUGUACAACCCGGUCCGAGCCCAGAUUAAAUGUGAGCCAUCCUAUGGAACAAACUCCAGCGAUGAGUCUGGGUCAUUCUCAGAAGCAGACAGUGAAUCAUGUCCUGUGCAAGACAGAGGGCAUGAGGUGAAACUUCCUUUUCCUGUUGAUCAAAUCACAGAUCUUCCAAGGAAUGAUUUCCAGAUGAUGAUAAAGAUGCACAAGCUAACCUCAGAGCAGCUCGAGUUCAUCCACGACGUCCGCCGGCGCAGCAAGAACCGAAUUGCAGCUCAGCGCUGCCGCAAGAGGAAACUGGACUGUAUUCAGAACCUAGAAUGUGAAAUCCGCAAGUUGGUGUGUGAGAAAGAGAAAUUGCUCUCAGAAAGGAACCAGCUGAAAGCAAGCAUGGGAGAAUUGUUAGACAACUUCUCAUGUCUUUCCCAAGAAGUGUGUAGAGACAUGCAGAGCCCGGAACAGAUCCAAGCUCUCCACCGAUACUGCCCCGUUCUCAGACCCAUGGAUCUCCAGCCAGCCACCUCCAUCAGCCCCUCCCCAGCUGGCGUGGAGCAGAGCCUGGUGACCUCCCAGUGCGUCGGGGAAAGCAUGCAGUGCUGCUCAGAGCAAGGCUCGUUGCAACUGGGAGCGCCCUGGCUGCCCAACAACAUCUCAGAAAAUUGUUCGGCCGGCGGGGGGUUGGAAGGAGCCGACACAGGUACUUACCCCGAGAGAGAGCUUCCACCAGAGCAGAGCAGCCAAACGGUCACGGUAGACUUCUGUCAGGAAAUGACUGAUAAAUGUACAACAGAUGAACAACCUAGGAAAGAUUACACCUAGUGACUUGUAACCUUAACGUUACACCUGGUCAGGUGUUCUUCAGUCAGCCAGUGGCAGUGUUCAUUUGUUGUCUAGAAGAACGUUAUUUGGUGCACACUACAGUGGUCUUAGCAGCAAUACUGUUUUUAAGUAUUCCCUCCUCUCUACAAGCAGGAGUUCUCUUCACAAUGGUGCUAUCCCUUGCUCAGGCAGGGAACGAAGCAGUGGCAACACUGUCUGUUUUUGUAUGUUGAUUUCAAUCUUAACAGGGAUGGACAUAACACCUCUGAGGACCCAACCGCAGCUUUUUUCUCAGUGGCCCAUGUCACAAAACCCUAACUCAGGAAUUUCCUCUGAAUGUUCAAUUUUUCAUUGAAGACAGCUUCUUUACACAUCAAAGUUUUAUAGCUAAACUGUACAUAUUAUAUAUAAUAUAUAUAAAAUAUAUAUAUCCAUAUGCAAAAGUCCCUGCAUGCCUCAAUUUUUCUCAUCCUACAAACUGGAAGCUUUCAUUUCUAUUGUAUAAACAAGUUCCAACAUUCCUUUUUGUCUUCAAUGCUAGAACUAGUUUGGUAACUUGUUACACAAUAAUUUUUUUUCCUCAGUUCGCAGUUCAGCAAUAUCAUUCGAUUUGUACUUAUUUAUAAAAUUUUAAUGUUGGAAACUUAUUUGAGAUUUUAUUAUAGACAAUUUUUUUGGCACAGCCAUUUUGUGCCAAUUGAGCAAUGUGGAGUUAUUUUAUUUUCUUGCAGAUACUGUACAGUAAUGGUCAACUUUGCCACUUGCACUGAGUUUCUGGUCAAACCUCUUUUCAUAAAUGAAGUCGUGACUUCAGUAUAACUUGAGUAUAUGGUUUUCUUUGCUUUAUGGCUUAAAGAAAAUAGGAAAGUUUUAGCUAAUAGACAAACACUCAGGAGCUCAUUAUGUAGUAAAAACGGUCUUGCCAAAUACUGAAUUCACUAUACAAUUUGUAAAGAGAAUCUGCUUGAAUUAUUUUUAUAUUCAGACUUCUUUCUGUUUCACAAACCAAGUUUAAGUGCUGUUAAUGAUGCUUUUGGAUUCUUAUAGGGGAAAGUACAUUUCACUCUUUAGAGAAAAAAGUAUUUGACAACUGGAUCAGUUCAUCAUACGUUCCACGAAGUAAAGCAAAUGGAGAUCACAUCAAUACACUUGGGGGGGGGGGGGCUUUUUCUCCAGCCCUACUCUGCAUCCUUUACUCAUGGAAGGAAGCAACUGCUGCUCCGGCUAGUCCCCAGAGCCUCACCUCAGCUGUCCUCAGACAUUACCUGUUUUCCUCACCAGACCCGAGCUGCAGAGGUGGGUCUGGUGAAGUCAGUGAUCCUGCCUGGGUAGGCGGAGUUGCAGGAUCAGACCCCUAGUUGUUGACUUUGGUUUCCUUACAGAAGUCAAGUUAGCACUGUAUCCUCUAAGAGCAAAACAUACAUCUGCCAACACCCGAUUCGGUCGCUUACCCGUCAAAUUCUUGUGUUCCAGGAUCCUCUCAGCACAAACCGCAGCUAAAAGAGCGCUGUCUCGAAGGAGACUACUCAGUGAAUUGGUUUAGUUGUAACUGUAUUGGAUUUGUAUCUUAAGCAAUGUUGACUCAUGUUAUGACUGUGUGAGACAGCAGCUUUCCAAGCAUAACAUCUGUAUGUACAGUGUAGACAGAAAAACACCCUCCUAAUGCUUUUUUCAAUAAUUAUUAUUCUAAGUGUACUGAGUUUUUAUUUUGUGGUUCUUUACCCUACGUGUGCCAGGUUGCGUGGCUUUAUCGAUGACAACUGUCAUGUGCUUUACUGGCUGAUAUUGUUUGUUCUCGCUGAAAAAAAUGACCAGCUAUUCACACCUAUUUAAAAAAAAAAAAAAAAAAAAAAAAAAAAAAAGUGUGGGGAAGCAGCUUUUCAGAAGCACUAAGCGAUAAUGUGGUCUUCUGCGCUAACGUUUACACUAGAGGUGUGCGCUGGUGGUUUUUUGAGGCACUCAGUAGAUCAGCAUCUUGACCCUGGAGGAGGAAUCAGCUCCCUCUCUCCUCUUCUUCCAUCUGCAGACUGUGCUCAUGGACCGUCGCCUACUCGCCACAAAGUCUUGCUUUUAUCCUCUUCACCCAAACUAUUGUAGCCAAGCUACCGAGGAGGAAAUGCAUAUAGCAUGUGCCAUGUUUGUUGAAAAUACGUUUUUUUCCCCGCAUGUACAAAGAAAAACUAGUAUAUAAUGUAGGAGAAUAUUUAUGUUUAAGUAUUAAUCAUUACUGUACAAAAUCCUUACCUUUAAAUGUUCAAAAAUAUACAAAUGCCAUAAACUCCUAGUUCGCACGGUUGAAAAAGGGGGAGGAGUCAUCCUUUCUUUUUAAAAGAGCUUAACCUAAAAAUAUCUGAACCCCCUCCCAGCCAUCUUUUGCAGGUAACUGACUGAGAGGCUCUUUGGCAGGGAGGGCGGGAUUUGAUUUUCCUUUGAAUUCGUUGACGUUGCAAAGCAGUUCUGUGCUUCGCAGAGAAGUUUUGUUUCUAUGAGACCAUGGUGAAAGUUAGAAUUUAAAACUAAAUGUGAAUCACAUUAUAGAGUCAUAGCUACUUGGGGGGGCUGGGGGUGGGUGGGAGGGAAGGGUCAACUGACACAGUAUUUUAAAGAUGUUUUUCUGUUGCCUUUUUUAUUUUUAAGUGACCUCCUAUAUAUAUGAAUAGAUAGAAUGUUUUAUGAGUAUAAAACCAAGUUUUAACUUGCUUCCUGACAUGAAGAUUUACUCUACUAACAACUCAUGUGCAACUGGUACUCUUGACCUCAUUCCAACGGUUUAAAAAACCCACCCACACAACCCAUUGCGCUGCAGCUCUUAGGUUUGACCUGGCUUCAUACUGGUGCUGGGUCUCUUGAUUUCCUCUACCUUGGGAACGGAUAUCUAAAACCACUGCUCAAAUAAGUGUCUCUUCCUCAACCUUUCUCUCGUCUCUCUCUUUCCCUUCCCCACAAGCUUUUCUAGAUGUUUGAUUUCAUUCUUUACCAUUAGAAGUGGCUGAUUUUGUGUCAUGGCUUCCUAUAUUUACAUGUAUCAUGGUUUUUCAGUGGGGUUUUUUUGGUGGUGGUAGUGGUGGUUGUUUUUUGUUUCUAUUUUGUUUUGAGUUUUUUUUGCUAUUCCAAACCACGCUGCUCUCGAAGUGAUUACAGGGCUGACGUUAAAGGAAGACGUGGGGAGAAUUAGUUUCAGACCUGGACGCCAGUUGACGUACCCAGCCAUUCUUGUCUCAUGAGGUCAAAACAACUGACCACAAGAAUACCAUUGGAAAAACAAACAAACAAACAAACAAACAAAAAAAAAAAAAAAAAAAAAACCAAACAAAAAAACAAAAACGCAAAACAAAGCAAAGUGAUUGCAAUAUUUAUAAAUUUUAAGAGUUUGGCCAGUGGUCAGCAUGAUCUGAAGUAAGAAUCUCUUUGCUUUUGUCCAAGAGGAUACAUGCAGCGUUGGUCCUGUGGGGCAUUGCUUGGGAGUGGCGUGGUGAGGCCCCGUCUCCCCACUGGGCACUGCACCGCUCUCGUGGGCGUGCGAGUCCUUGAAGCUUUGUCCAGUCUGUAUCUAGUGCUCCUUUUCCGUUGCCAUUGCUAUACUUGUAUCACCAGGAAACCUCAUUUCAUUUAGGCUUGUUACGCUUUGUCAGGUGAGUACUACACUAUAUAAUGUGUUUGUUUCUCUGCGUUCUCUGGGGGUGCCUUGAACACAAUUAAAGCUCAUUGCAAGCUGAUUCUGGAACAAAAAGGUAGCGGAAAAAAAAAAAAAAAAAAGAAAAAGAAAAAAAAAAAGAGAGAAAACAAAACAGAAAACAAGCAAAACAAAAGCAAAAAUGUUGGCUGUGUUAUCAGAAGAUCCCAGUAUUUAUAUCACAGACUUCCUAACGUGAUGACUCAGGCGUCAGAGUUUGAUGCUGCAGUAUAAAAAUAUUAUUUUAUAUAUUGUACAAGUAAUUUAUUAAAUGUCUUUCUAAGGGUAUAUGCUGCUUUUAAGAUGCACUAUAUUUUUUGGAUCUAAUCCUUAUAUUAUUUUUUUUUCCCAAGGAAGUAAAAUGUGCUGCAAAGGCAAGCCACAGUGAUUAGUAUGCUAACUGCUACUUCUCUUUAAAAAGGAGAGUGGGAACUAGAUACCUAACUUUGCUAAAUGGAUUAACUGCUGCCAGAGAAAUGAUUAAUGCUGAUAGUGUGGUCGUUAAUCUGGAAUCCAACACUUCCUCAAGUAUGUAUUCUAAAGAACGCUUAAAUAGGAGUUAAAAUGCCUAGAUAUAUAGUUAGAUUUUUUAAUAUGUAACUCUAUGAUUGCCUAAUAAGUAAAACAAAUCUGCAUGCUGGAAUCACUAUAAUCCUGUAAUAAAACUAAAUCUGAUCCACUAGGAGAACGCAUGGUGAAGCGUUGCAAUCCCAGAAUCAACACCACAUCCUCACUUGUGUUUUGUAAUCCACUGCUGUGGUGGUGAAGAGAGGGAGAGGGGUGGAUUUGCAGAAUAGAAGGCCUGUAGUGAAUUUUGCAGUGAGACAAAGUGAACAUUUGCCGGGUUUCCACAAGCUCACAUUUUGCUCCACUUCAUGUCCUCUACCAUUGCAACAAGGAGUGGUGCUUUCACCUUUUUUUUUCUCAUCUGAGAUGCAUUUGGAGGUGCCUCCGGGUGAACGUUGUAGCCCGUGGCUGCAGCAUUUUAAAAUUCUCUAUUUUAGGGCUGCCUAGAGAAGGUUUAUCUCAGUAUGAGCAGCAGAGCUGAUGGCCUUGCAUAAGGAGGGGAUCUGCUAAGUAUGGAGCGGUUUAUUUUUAUCGGAAGUGAGGUGAAACUAAAACUAUUAACAUAAAGAACUUAUGCUCUCUUUCCUGCUAGAAAUUUUCUCAACAGAUUUUGACUUCGUUUCAGUUUUGUCGCUGCCAACACAGUCCAAGUUAAUUUUACAUCCAUAUAUAAUGCAUGUGUGUAUGUAUGUAUACAUACAUCUAUAAUUCUAGUCAGAGUGUGUGUUUGUGUAUUUUCCUGUUUAUAAUACAUAUAUGUAUAUUUAUAAUACUCCCUGGAGUAUUUAAUGACUCAGGCAUCAGAUCUGAUGCUGUAGAAUACAAUAUAUGUGUAUAUGCAUAUGUUCAAAUACUGUGUGUAUAUUUAAAAGAUCUAUUGUUGGUGGUCUGUAGAAUAAUUAUUCCUUUUAUUCUCAAAAUUUUAAUGGCAUUACUUGCAAAGACUAAGUGUACAGUAUUUUCCUACACUCCACCAAGAUAGGUAUUAUUUAUAUCGAAGUCAAAUAUUGAUACGCAUUUUAAGGUGUUACGCAGAUAACGUUGCCAUUUUUGCAAAUAAAAUUGCUUUUUGGCAGGAAGGAACGCUCAGAAUACCUUUUCAUAAGGUCAUUACCCUAACCAAAUGACUGCUAAAAAGCCAGUUAGAUGGCUCCUGUUCUCGUACAAAUUUUAGUGACUGUGGGCAGAGCCCUUUCCGUAGGUGAAAGUCACUGCACGGUUCGUGCAGUGCCGCUGUUGUCCCUUUUGGCUAACUAAGGGCAUGCAGAAAGAAACUAGCCUCCUGAAAUAGAAAUGGCAACUGGCAGUGUUUGAUGUCACUGAUCGCUUAGAAGCAGAGAUGGUCCCAGGCUCACGAACCCAAAUGACCCCUCCGUUUUGGAGGGGGCCGAGCGGGGUCUGCAAUCACCGGCUGGGCUCGUCCCUGCAACCAGAGGAGCCCACCCUCGGGGACGUGGGCAGAGGAGGGAGCAGCUACCCCACGCCGGGGGUUGUGACGGGGAUCCCCCGCCCAGGCCGGCGUUACCCUGCACUUGGGACGUACCCGAGAGAAACGUGCAUGGUUUCAGUCCUGUUCUCACUACUACGUUUGCUCUGCCUGAAGCUAUCUGGAUCCCUCAGACCAGCAGGAAUGAUACUAAACACUUUGGUGAUAUUCAAUGCGUGGUUGUUUACUCCUAGUUCCAAGCAUCACCUUUGAUUUCAAGGGUGGGGAUGCCCUAAGAGUUUGUUCCAGAACCAGUUGGUUACAAGUGCACCUCUUAUAUAUGCCUUACAAACUUCAGAGGCCAUAUUCAAAACAGGGUUUUAUCAGUGUAUGCAAGGGGGUGCAACCCCUCUUCUCUUCCUCCCCAGGUCAAACAGUAUGGACAGUUUUCACACAUAUCUACCUGUAUAACCCUCUGUACCUCUCAUAACUGGUCAAUGACUGUAACAGGUUACAUCAGGUGUUUUUUCUACAUACUUUUUACACAAAUUCUAUGCGAUUAAUGUAACUUAAUUCAAUGCAUCAUUUUAUUGUACUAGUUCUUAAGCUUGUCUUUAUUUUUUUUCUAGGUGACUGUGGUUUCUUGUGAUUUUUAUUGUAUAAAUAAAUGAGGUGGCUGUUGAUGCUUACUCUCUGUUACUAAGAAUUUUUACCUUUUUGGAAGAAAGCAUUGCUAUGAACUAAUGAAUUUAAAACAUCAUUUACUCAUUGUAAAUACAGUAUUGUGCAAAAAACAAAAAUGGAAAAAAAAAAAAAAAAAACCCGACCCUUUUCAUUCAUUUGAAUUGCUAGUGUUAACUGAAUUUUGUCUAGACACCAUUUCUGUUGAUGAAAUAAAGACAUAUCAUUAUGUAUUGUAAA